AUGCAUCAUCGCCAUAAUCACACUGAUAACAGUUUCUAUCGACAACCACAACAACGAGACAAACAGCAGCAUCACACUCCACUUAUGCCCACAAAUUCGGUAGCGAUAUCCGAAGGCAGCAAUCAGUCGCAUAAACCGAACAAAGGCAUGCGUGACCGGGCAUGGUCGAGAAGUUUAAAUGAUCUCUACGAGCCACAGUUCCAUUUGAAACCCUUCGAAGAUGGUGCUAAACGUCCAUCGCAAAAAUUUGACCUCAGGAUAAAAGCCACAGUAGCGUAUAUCCGAAGCAAGAUAAAAUCUGGUGAAAACGCUCGUUCAUCACCAUCAAAAGUGGACGCACUCGAAUGGCAACAAUCCUUUCAGAAUUUACUCCAAAAUAAACUUGGUCGUCAAUUAUUUCGAAUGUUUUUGGUGCAUGAGUUCAGUGAGGAGAAUAUCGACUUUUGGACUGAAUGUGAGGAAUAUUCGAAGAUGAAAGCCGGCAAAAAACAAACGGAACAACGCGCCCGAGAUAUUUACAAUAAGUAUUUGGCCGUUCAAGCAUGGCGAGAAGUGAAUUUAGAUACGAUCACUCGUAUGAAGACAAAAGCAGCAAUUGGUGAAGGUGCAGGGCCGGAAACCUUUCUGGUGGCACAAAAGAAAAUCGAAUGUUUGAUGGAGAAGGAUAGUUAUCGACGUUUUCUGAAAUCGAAACUCUUUACGGAUAUUUUUGUGGAAACCGAUAAAUGCUCUCCAACGAAUAGCGUCUCGAAAUGUGAAAUUGCCGGCGAUUUAUAG